AUGCGGGCCGCUCCCGGCUGCUGCGUCAGCCACCACUUUGAUGGCGACUCCACCGGCCAGAAGCUGGGGGGCGCGCUGCUCAACGCGGUCAUCUUUGUGUGCAUCGUGGCGGCGAUGACUUUUGUGCUGUUCUUCCUCUUCAAAUACAAGUGCUACCGCGUGAUCUACGGCUACAUGGGCUUUGCGGUUUUUGACAUGUUCUUCGUCCUCACGGGGGCGGUCGUGCUGCGCGUGCUGCAGGUCCUGGGCGUUCACAUCGACGCCUUCAGCCUGUGUUUCAUCCUCUUCAACUUCUCGAUCGUGGGUGUGGUGGGGCUGUUCUUCGGCCCCGUCCCGCUCCUCAUGAAGCAGGGCUACCUCGUGGUAACUGGCAUCAUCACAGCCUUCCUGUUCACCUACAUCCCAGAAUGGACCUCCUGGGUCCUGCUGGGGCUGAUGGCAGUGUACGACCUCAUCGCGGUGCUGGCCCCUGGGGGUCCCCUCAAGGACCUGGGCGGUCCUGGCGUCGGGCGCGGCCCCAACUGA